AUUACAUAACCUCCCUAUCCUUGUCUGACACCGUGAUUUUUAUAUAUUCAUCUUGCUCUGUGGAAUUUGCAUCUGUAACCUAGACAGGCCGAGGGCCCCGCAUUUUACCUAAAUUUCAGUGAAUUUCCCAAAGAAAACAUGCUUUCCAGAGCAGCCCUAUUGUCUGGACAAAAUUCCAGGGCUCUUGUGGCCGUUGCGAGGGCUACGAGCACCACGGCCGCCAAUAAUGCUGUCGCGGACUCUGCGGCGGGUUCUUCAUCAGUUCCUCGGCCUGUAAGACAAGAGCCAGGUAAGGUCCGAAUGGGCUUCAUCCCAGAAGAAUGGUUCCAAGCGUUCUACAGUAAAACAGGAGUAACCGGUCCAUAUGCUUUUGCAUUCACCUUGUCCACCUAUUUGGUCAGCAAAGAAAUCUAUGUGAUGGAACACGAGUACUACACUGGGUUGUCACUAUUGCUUAUGUGGGGUUAUGGUAUCAAGAAGUUUGGACCUAAAGUUGCCGCUGCCUUGGAUAAACAAAUUGAUGAAUAUGAGAAAGCAUGGAAUACUGGCCGAGUCAGCCAUCAAGAUGCCUUAAAAGACAAUAUAGCGGAUGAAGAGAAGGCCCAGUGGUCAAUGGAAGGCCAAACCCUUCUGAUCCAAGCGAAACGUGAAAAUGUCGCCCUACAACUGGAGGCGAACUACCGCGAACGUCUGAUGAACGUUUAUCAAGCGGUGAAAAACCGUUUGGACUAUCAGGUGGAAAAAACGAACGCGGAACGCAGAAUUGCCCAGAAGAAUCUGGUUGAAUACGUGGUGGCCAGGGUGAAAUCCUCCAUCACACCGGACCAAGAAAAACAGAAUAUUAACAAGUGUAUUGCCGAUUUGGCCCUUUUGGCUAAAGCUUAAGGUAAUUUUUAUUGGUUAAGUGUAAUGUCAUCUGAGCUAUUGCUGGUUAACAAUUGGAUUUAUUUUUAUUUUAUUGUCUUUAUAUAUUAAGUCUGUAGAAGUAUACAGUAGCAAUAGGCUUUAUUAUUCUUACACAGUUAUAUUAAGGAGAGAAUAAAAUGAUCCGUUUACAAAACAGAAA